UGGCUUUAUUUUGAGUAUAUCAAUUCGGGCUACAAAUGUGUAUCAUACAGUCUGAUAGAUGGAUAUAGGGUUUCAGUCAAUGCUAUGGUAUCAUAUGACAUAUAGCAUGACAGUUGCAGCUGAUCUGCUAGGGACUCCUUCCACUCUUCCAUUAGGGCGGAGUAGUUAUCAAGAAUGCGCCGAAAGCAGGUUGCUCUAACCGUCCACCUUGUUGGACAGAGUGAUACGAUGCCACCAACAGUGGGGCUGGCUAUUCUGUCUUCAUGCUCCAAAUUGUAUUUUAUUUGUCCCAGACUACAUUCACGCUUUGGGGAAUACUUGAUGAGGGUCGUAAUGUCUUUAGCAGUAUCCAUGGUGUUGGACAAUAUCUUUGAGUUUUUGGUGACGUCUUUAAUACCAAGACUAAGUGAGUGACCAUGGCAGUGAGUGGGGUGGGCUUUAGGCUGCAUCUUUAAGAUUCUAGCUGCUACGCCCCAGAUUUACUGCCGAGCAUGUUACUGGCACCAUCAUAGCAUUGCCCUCGGCAGUUGUUAAAAGGUAAACCAAGCCUAAUAAACAGGUCUUUGAUGACUUUGACUACUAUAGCGUCGGCACAAAUAUUAGAAAUGUUAACAAACCCUAAAAAUUCUUCAUGUGCUUCAAGUUCUUCGUCAAUCCAUCUAAUGCAUAGAGUCAGUUGUCCCUUGUUGCUGAUAUCAGUAUACUCGUCGCAAAGUAUUGAAAAGAAGGCGUCGUUUAUGUGAUUAACUAUUUGUCUGGUUACCAUCAUGAGUUUCAUCAUGUAACCGCCCAAAAUACAGAAGCCCCGCAAUAAGAAUGUCCUGUCCAGUCACGCUCAACGACUACUGAAAUUUCACUACCAGCCCGAGAAUAAAAAAACUCCAACAACUAUUGAAAAAAAAUUUUUGACACAAAAUGUGGGUGACCGUAGCCCCUCCGUCUCCGCGGUCCCUGACUUGAAGGCAUAGAAGGAGUAGAGUACAGUAUCGACGACGUGCUAGUACACCGCGCCAGCCAAAAGCAGCAUGACGGACAGGCUAGAAGUAGUUCUCCAGCGCAUAAAGAAAGCAGGCAUGACACUGUGUUCAGUUUACCCAGAAUGAAGUUACUUGGUCACAAACUAAGUUCGGAAGGCAUCGAAGUAGAUCCAGACAAGGUGAAAGCCAUACAAGACAUGACGCCACCCCAAAAUGUGCACGAGUACGGAUGUUCCUUGGCAUGAUAAAUCAGUUGACAGCUUUACCGAGCACCUUGCAGAGAGAACCAAAACCAUUAGAGACCUACUCCAAAAAGAGACAGCAUGAGUAUAGGGAACAUCACAACAAAGAGCAUUUAAAGACACCAAGAAAAGUAUAAUGAAGACUCCCAUACUAGCUUUGUACGAUCCAAACAAAUAAGAUCUCAGCUGACAUAUCGUCAUAUUGUGAACUAGGCGUAGUGUUGCAGUUGCAGGCGGAUGACACAUGUAGACAUCUCAAGAACCCUAACACCUACAGAGUCUAAGUAUUCCCAAAUAGAGAAAAAUUUGCUGGCGUUAACCUGGGCAUGUGAAAGGUCAAGUGAGUACAUCAUUGGAAAACCUAUCUACGUAGAAACUGAUCACAAACCUGAAGAAGUUCGUUCAGACAAUGGCCGGCAAUAUAAUUGCGCUGAAUUCAGCCACUUUGCAAACACGUGGGGAUUCAAGCACCUCAAGCUCGAGAUUCCCUCAAGCCAAUGGGGAAGGUGAACGCGGAGUGAGAACGGGAAAGAGUAUACUAAAGAAAGAAAAAGACUAAGCUGCAGGCAUGUUGGCCUAUCGUGCAACGCCACUAGCCUGUGGGUACUCACCAGCAGAGCUAUUAAUGGGAAGAAGGAUAAGAACGCCAGUUCCCAUGUUCAGCGCAGAGUUGACAUCUAAGUGGCCAGAUCUGGACAAGCUAGCAGUUGUGCCGCCAGAAAGCAAGAAACAGGAACCGUGACAGGAGGAAACAACAGAAACUACAGUCAGGCCAAAGAGAGAGUGGAAACCCUCAUUGAAAGUCAGGGAGAACUUAGGUCUAGUCUGAUGAAGAGACACUAGAAACAGUAGAAAGAAAAAUCGUAUACCUGCCCUUGCAGAAGUCUAUAUUUUUAGCAACAAUGGACACAAAUACCGAUUCACUUACUCGAUCCGGAUCAAGAGAAAUAAAAGAUGCAAUAGAAGAUCUUUUUAAAAGCUGUGGGUUCCAAGAUGCAAAUGUGGUACAUACCGUAAGUGACACACUCCUGCAUUGCAAUUUCCAUUCUGAGGACGGGAAGUUGCAUGUCAUCAACAACCUACAGAGGCUUAGUGGAACGACUGUGGUCAAGAGAAUUUGCGAAGGACUGUCAAAGCUAAGUAGGGCGUACCCUGAUAGUAAACAAUUUGAGGAGGAAGCUAUUAAACUUGUUGUUCUAUGUUGUUCUCAAUCAGAGGCUUUAAUGCAGAAUGGAUGUAAAGAUGGUUGUCAAUUAGCAAGUCCUUUGGAUAUCAUUGACUGGACUAUAGAGCUCUGUGAUGAACUGAUGACACCAAAAGAAGGCAUAUAUCACAUCAAUCAAUCCAUAACAUUGUCCAGCUACCUGUCCAAAGUUAGGAAAAUAUACGAACUACUAAGAAAUGCUAGACUUGUAAUUCUUCUUAUAAAUCAAGAUGGACGCAUUGAAAUGCGCGAUCCUUUUAAGAGUCUUUUUCAAGCUCUCAAACCCAGGAUCCAUUUUGACACUUUUGAUGAACUCCUAGAUCAAGCCAUUUUUAUAAUCCAAGCGGACGAGCUACUCGACCCUAAGAUGUUGUCCAAAAUUCACACGAAAAAAGAUUCCUUACUGCUAAAAAAUUGGAUUUCAAUACUGAAUAUGUCAUUUCUCAGCAACUGGUUUGGGGUAGCAAUAGCAAAACAUGACUUUCUAGUGCAUAAUGAAACCUUUGCUCGAAAACAGCCCUUCAGCGACGAAAGGACUUACGACGAAUCUCUCAUCUGUUCAGUUUGUAAUGCGUUGAACAAUUCCAUCAACAACAAUCAGGAUUUUAAGCUUACAUGUGAUGAAGCAAGACUUCGGUUAACGUUUCUUCCCGAGCAUUCAGAGGUUUUGCUGCGUUACCCAAGCCUUUGCUUUGAACUCCUGCAAUCAGAAGUUAGAAUUGACCAAAUACAAGAAGUGUUGGAGCUACUGCAAAUCAAAAGGGACGACACCCUGCUUCCUGUCAUCUCGAACACCGAAUCAGAAAAACUCGAACUAAAACUUAAAGUUUUUCAGCAAUCUUUACUAUCGGGUAAUCUCAUGAGGCUUGAUGAGUUUUUAGGCGCGGGUAAUUCCAGGCAACUAACCUCAGCUUCUCAAGCCAGGAAUCAGCAGGGAAUAAUUUGUAGCGUGGUGUUUAAGGCUCUGAUAGACCUUCCAGGCGAUCGGGAACAGUUAGUGGAUGUCCUCCGAAUGUGGAGAGAUCGUUUCCCCAAUGAUAACUCACAUACCAUGUUAUUUGCAAUUAUAUACCUUGUGGAAUGCCUAAAACAACAAGGUACUCAUAACGGUAUGCGCAAGCUCAAAGCAUUUUUAACUCAACUUUCUACAGAACACCUAGAUGCCUUUCCCAGUUGGCCAUUAAUCGUAGAAGGCUUAAUAACGGCACUACCAACUACUUGGUUUACCCAGGAAUGUAACCUUAUCAAUUGCAUUCUUAAUAAAUUCAGAGAAAGCACGGAUCCCAGAGAUGUUAUUACUUUCAAAGUACAAUCAAUCAAGAACUUUGUAAAGUCAUUAGCAGCCAUGCAAGUUUCAGAACAAGUUAAAAGAAAAGCCAUAAAAAUAGGCUUGGACUUGUUCGAUUAUACAACUCAAAAACGACAUUAUGAAUUAAUGCUCAAUGUGAUUAUGUUCGUUGCAUCAGACUUGAGCAGUGGGAAAAUCAGGAAGUACGUCUCAGAUCUUCUCAAAGCUGUUUGUCAAGUUGAAGUACACUACUCGCAAGUUUGGAAUGUUGUUCGAUUAAUCCAUACUUCAAGCAGUAUCGAGGAUAAAGGAGAAAUUUUACUUUGCUUUUUGAAAGUCUUAGAAGAUGCGAAAGGGAAAGGUGACAUCGAGGAGAAGAUGUCUGCUUGUGCUGGCUUUUUUCGUUUUCCAGUUGACUCUGCCAAUGCCAAACGAUUUUUACAACAGGCAGCCCUCGAACGUACUAUAUACAACUCUAUCUUGUAUUAUUUGUCAAUCAACGAAAGCACUUUAGACCGCGACAACAAUUUUAAUGUACAUUUCGAAUUUCUGCUGAACGCAAUCCUUAAUUCCAAAAUGGAACACCGUGAUUUACUCUUUAUGACUGUGAAAAGCAACAUUCAAUGGCUGUACUACCCAUCUGUUGAGAUUUUUGAAGUAAUAAUGACAUGCAUAGCCGGAUCUCUAGCUGUUGGUUCAUUCAACCAAGAAUCUAAUAAUGAAGUUUUAAGACUUCUACACGCGGCAGUGCGCACACAUCAGCUGAGUGCACCAAAUGACGUUCUAUCCCUUUACAUCGUGCUAAUUCAAGGAAUUCGUAAAGUCAGUUGUCUUGGACAUAAUGGGUCAUGUACCAAGAGUUUUGCGGAAGGGAUUGAUCUCAUCAUUAAGCUCCCACUACCUUUCCUUCAACUAAAGCUCUUGAUUCAUAGCAUGGCCAAUAUCCUCGAAGAAGGCAGGUUUUCUAAGGAAGAAGAGGUGACUAACAUAAUGUUUCAUCUGUUCAAACUGCCUAGAAGUAAAUGUUCUUUCACAGACCCAAACGUUUUGGCAUCACAUUUUAACAGGCUGACCUCGAAAUCCCACAGCCUUUUGAUGGCUUCAAGACUCUCCCAACUCAGCAUCCACAGAAGAAUCGGAAAGAGUGAAAUUGGAUCAAACUCUUUAAUGGAACUUUUUAUGACGAAAAUACCCACAGCCUUUGAAGACGGAAGUUCAGUUGAUUUGUUUGUAUUUGUGAAUGAAGAGUUUUUCAAGGAGCCCCCAGCCUCUCUGCAGGUGUCUUUGCCUUUGAUAGAUAAAGCUAUAAAGGAAGCAGUUUCAGUGGAGGCCUUCAAAGCUAAAAUAAAGGAAAUAGCUCAAAAGAUUCCUUACAUCCCCCCCGAGCAGGUUAAGGUGUUGGUAGAAUGUAUACUGGAAUUUUAUGCAUUGGAGAUGGACGAAAAGCUAGACGUCUAUGACUUCAUCGAAGUGCUGUUGAGUUUAAAUUGGAAUAUGUUUGACAUGAGAAGAAUGUAUGGAAACUUGAUUCCCCUAAGUAUUCCUAAACACCUAGUUUCAGUGCUUAAAGGCAAAAGGUCUUUAAAAGAGAUUAUCCCAAAGCUUUACAGAAUUCUUGAUGUCGCCAGCAAUUUAAAUCCAUCUAUUACGUUGUCCGUGACACCACAUGAAAAGGAUUCAGGCAAUCAAAUCCUAGAGCUUCUUGGACAUGACCUCAAUAUGCUUCUAAACCACACUUGCCUCAGAUCAAGUGAUGUGUGUUUGGCUCUUCUCCUUUAUAAAAACUGUCACAUAAUGGAGGUCCUCAGUGUCUUUUUGCACAAAGACAAGGUAUCCCUCAAAGAUGAUAACGAAUGGCCCUUAAGAUACGACCAAACGAAGCUUCUUACUCCAGGCAAACUCGCCUAUUUAAUCCUACGUCAGCUGAGAAGACUUGGUGUAGCUGAAAUGAAGACUGAACUAAACAAAAUUUGCUGCAAACUUGUCAAAAAUUACAACCAUGACGACCCAAGAAUUUGUACCAAUCAGCAAUUAGCAAAUAAGUUUGAAGAGUAUUUUGAAUUAUUCAUUCGGAUCAUGGAUGAAUCAACGACGUUAGCUGAGGUUCGACAUUGGUUAGAUGAGUUUAGUGCUGAGCAUGCUUUGCAGUGUAAAAAUGUCAUCAUGGCGGCUUGCUCUUGGAAAGCAGGAAGACGUACUUUUCAAGAGGCUACGCAAAUGAAUGAAAAGGCCUCUGCAACGCUUUCAAAACUGCUAAACCGGCCAGUGUCAUCGGCGGUAAAUGCCGCGAGAAAUAACGAUUUAGCGAGCAAACUUGACAUAAUGGUAAAUGUCAUCAAGAAAAUUGAAGACGUACAAAUUGUCGGUAGGCUAUUCAAUCUACUUUGCCUUAGUGCACGUUCAACCGCUGCCUGUGUAGAAGUAUUACCAUCAUGGAGUAAAAGCGAAAGUCAUCUUCUUGUAGAACAGAUCGAAAUUCUCUAUCAGGGAGAACAAGAGACUAAGCAAGAAGAAAUUGAUAAAGAUUUGGCAAUCGUAUUAGAAAUCUUACCAUUUGCUAAAACAGUCCUUCAAAAUUCUGCCAUGGAACUCAUGGAUUUUCUCAAGGCUACAGAUGAGAAGAACGGCGGGAUUUCAGAUGAUAUGAGUCUGAGACGACUUCCAGUUUGGUACAAACAGAUGACAGAUGCCGGAUACCCCUCACAAGUCAUACAUUCAUGGUGCACGAGUCUUGUUUUCUCGAAAAACCUUAGUUCCGGUGAGGUCGAUGCUCUUACAAAUCUGACGCCAGAAACGAUCAAGUUCAUCACAAAGGAAACAGAUUACAUUGGAAAGAGUCUAUUUUCAAAAGACGCCCCACAGACCUGGAAAACCAAAGACGCUUUAAUAGACCAGAAAAAUACGGAAUAUUUCAAGCGUUGUUUGCUCCUAGCAAGACUUGUAAAUGAGUAUUUUUUAAUUGCACAUCAACUUAAAGACAACGAAGACGUUGUUCAGAAAAUAAAAGAUGGCACGCAAGAGUUGUGUAGGAUUUUUGAAGAUGAAAAUGCCCCGACUGGUAAAAUCUACAAAUCUCGAGACAAUCUUCUGAACGAGCUAUUUGUCCUGCUCUUUAGUGAAACGAAAGACAAAAAAUCCAUGACCCAGCUAAUGAAGCUAGAACCAUUGUCCAAAAGCCUCGUACUGCUCCUUCGUCGUCUUGCAAGGAGUGUUGUAAAAAGACCAAACACAUUUGAUCAAAUCAAUAUGGUUCUUAGUAAUAUCCAGAAAUCCUGCGACGAAAAUCUUAGUCCUUCUCAACAAUACCACUUAGUGCAAAGCAUCCUACAUGAAAAGGUACUUAGCUUGGACCAAAACCAAGCAUGUAUUUAUUUGCUUGAAGCCUCGGGAUAUAACAAAAGUACAGCACAUAAAGAGAAUUUGUGGCGUUCGUCUUCUAUUCAGAUGUCAGCUUACGUCCCUACUACUGAAUCAGUAGAAAAAAAUCGAUUGGUACGAUUGAUGAGGCAGCUUUGGGGAGAGUGGAGAAUCAUUUUGUCUGAGAAUAAUACCCAUGAAGUAGAAGUCAAUGGGAGAAGAGCUAAAACAGCUGAGAUGUUCAGGUAUUCGGACUCACUGGAAGAGAUGGAGGCGCAAUUAGAAGCCGCUAAAAAAUUCGCACGUCUUUUGCCGGAAGACAACUGGAGCACCUACAGAAGUAGAGAGUUAAUAAGAAGAGAAAAGGCUAUGCGAGCAAAGAUUAGAAGGCAAGCAGAAGAGGUAGAAAAGACCAAUGGAAAACCUGGGCAACUGAAGCUAACAAAGGCCACAAUCGUUUGGGAAAAUCGACUUUUGGAAACUAUCAAAAUGUGCUCGGAGAAAAUACCUGGGUGUUACGCUCCGAAUGGGUUUCAUUCCGAGAAACCCGUGAUUUGUGGUAUUGCUGUAGAUAACAGAAUCCUAACUCUGUACAAAGAAGACCACGGUGGUACCCGUACUGAAAUGGAAAACGUUGAAGUAAAGCUCUAUCCAGCUGGAAUGGUGGUGUUUGGUGCGUACCGCAGCAUUCAUCCGCACGACACAGAGCAGAUGUGGGCAGCAUUUUACAAGAUGCUUCUGGACAAACGCUUGGUGCCCAAGAUAUUCAUAACUAAUGUCAGCCCUGCAUUUUAUUGGAUCAAACAGUUUGUUACUCCUGAGACAUCGCGUCCUGAACGCAAUUUCAGUCUUCUCAGUAGCUGUCAUUUAAUCCCCACCUCAGAAGACAGCUAUGAUUACGACCCUGACAUCUGUAUACAUAGACUUCAUACACUACAGUCUAAUGAUUACAUGAAAGAACUAAUCAUCCUGACUGAAGAAAAGGCCAAAAGAAUGCAAAUUCGCAACAUCAAGCCACCAAACAGAAACAAAUUGAUACAUGACGAGAUCGACAAAGUUGUGCUUCAUCUACAAGAUGAUGGUGGACUUAAAGAGAUGCAUCCAAAGUCACAUGACAAGAUUCUUGACAGACUGAAGUUUGCCAUCAGACAAGCGGUGGAGAUUGCAGUCGAUGGAGGUAAACCAACACAGGAAUCAAUAUCAGAAAGCAUCGACAUGAAAAGGCUUCUGCAUCGUUGUGAGGAUGGCCAUCAGUACAGCAAGGAUGAUUACUCUUCUGUUAUCUUGGACGCUGUAAACACAGUUACUGGGGAUUUACAAGGUAGCAGGCAGCGGUCUUACGAUGGAUGUCAACAUGUCGUGUUUUUUCAACCGAAUGAAAACCGAAUGAAAAUUGAUUAAGGAAAAACCAAAAAUAUCCAGAUUUUGUAGUUGAUUAGUUAGCAUUCGUAUGAGAGCGUACUUGAGUUCAUAUUAACGUAGCAUCCAUUCCAUGACGAAUAAAAAUUAGUGAGUUAAUCUCGGUAUUUAUAUAAUAACCUUUUUUUAACUUGGCCGUGUAAAUAAUAGAUAUGCAAAGGAAAGCUUAGGAAGAGCAAAACCAAAGCAUUUAGGCAGUUACUCGAUCGGAUAUCCUGGAUUUAUUAUAUAGAUAUCGAUGAAAUAUCAGGUUCUCUCUAGUGUCGAAAACUUGAUAUCUUUCACCAGUGGAAGAUACCAUAUCUUUCACACGUGAAGAUAUCGCUGCUGA